UUUUAUAGGUAAUAUUUGUUGGGUGAGAAGAGGAACCAAGGAGAAGGUCGGUGUGAGGAUCAGUUCCACCUGGGACGACUAUGGAGAACUGUUGACUGUCUGGCUGGCUUUUUCUGGGUGUGAAAGAGAGAAGGGAAGAUGUCAUCUGGCCGUCCCAUUAAGUGUGUGGUUGUGGGAGACGGUACCGUGGGCAAGACCUGUAUGCUUAUAUCCUAUACCACAGACUCCUUCCCUAAAGAAUACGUCCCCACAGUCUUUGACAAUUACUCGGCACCAAUGGUAGUGGAUAGCAUUCCAGUAAGUCUGGGGCUCUGGGACACGGCGGGGCAAGAAGACUAUGAUAGAUUGCGACCGUUAUCUUAUCCACAGACGGAUGUGUUCUUGAUUUGCUUUAGCGUGGUGAGUCCGUCCUCCUGUGAGAACGUCACCUCUAAAUGGUAUCCAGAAAUUAAACACCAUUGUCCAGAUGCUCCUAUAAUUCUCGUUGGCACAAAAAUGGACCUGAGAGAAGAUAAAGAAACCCUAGCACUCUUAUCUGACCAGGGACAAUCACCAGUUAAACGGGAAGCAGGCCAAAAACUAGCAAAUAAAAUCAGAGCUGUGAAAUACAUGGAAUGCUCAGCAUUAACACAACGAGGACUUAAGCAGGUAUUUGACGAAGCUGUGAGGGCAGUGCUGCGGCCAGAACCCAUGAAGAGAAGACAGCGCAAGUGCUCGGUCCUCUAAGGUUGACACGCUGGCUAGUCUCUCACUACUCUCUCUCAAUGCUGUCUCCCCCAUUCUGCCUCAGAUCCCCAGUCAAGCGAGUAUUAAGUCAGGUGUCUGCGCCCCUUUUCCAACUGAAAGCAAUAUUUAUGACCAGAUAGGCUGUUUUCACCGUUGGUGUUUUUUGUAAACCUGGGUUUUAUGUUUUUCACACAUUGUUAUAUUUGGCCUUAAAUUUUCCAGCCAUGUUUGGUCAAAUGCGUGAUUCAUUUUUUAUUAUGUAAAGUAUAAUAAGCAUUAUAGGAAAUGAUGUGCAGCAGUGCUUAAAAUGGUGUUGCUAGCUGGAAGUUGACUUAGAAUAUUGGGAUUUUUUUAAUUUUUAUUUUUUAUUUUUUUAUUUUUUUUGGGGGGGGGGGAAGAACACAAAACUCAUAGGAAUUAAUCCAAUAUUGUAUGUAUGGGUGUAUGUACAAGUGUACAUAUGUGUGUGCGUGCAUGUAAGCAUAUCUUUGUGUGUGCGAGUCAUUCUAUUUGAGCAGCAGCUGCUUACUGAUAUAAUUCUAUCUUUGGGUACCAAGAAGAGCUUAUUCCUAUUUAUUGUUAUCAAGAACAUUCUAGAAUGCACAGUCGCAUCUACAUUAUUAAGAGAUAACAUAUACAAUAUAUAUAUAUAAUAUAUAUAUAUAUAAUUGUUCUGGUUAAUAUUCUUUGUAUUGGUACUUCAUGCAUUUACUUGUCCUGAAACGAAGCCUUUAUAGUUUUGUACUCAUAUGACAUAAAUAUUCAAAACAGCUCACAAAAGGCUUGGAAUGGGUUAUUUUGGAUUUUACAUUAUUGACACGCUCGUUUCUCAUAAGAAAUCCUGGGCUAACGUGAAUAGCAACUGCUUUACAAAAUACCUGUGAUAAUAGAGGAAUCGGUAUUGGCCUGGCAGCACAUUACAGGGUUUUGAUUGGCUCUUCUCAUACAUAAUUUGUAUUUCAGAGUUUUUAAUAGUUAAUACUGUAAAUAAUUCAAGGUUCCAAGAUCUUUGAAUGUCCUGGAUAAUUGAGGUAUUUGCAUAAUAUCUACACAUCGCAAAAUAAGCCUUCUUUGGCCCCUUGAACCAGGAAACGGCCUUCCUCCACACACCUUGUUUAUGCCCUGCACUUGCCUAUCUCGGUUCUCAAGGGGGGGUUCUAAGGUUCUAGUUCUGGGUUACAUGGAGUCCCAACAGAAUUGCAGCUCAAACUUACCAGAUUCUAGAAAGCUGCCUUGUGUCACACCACAGGCAGUAGUACAGUGCGGCGUCAAAGAUUCAGAGCUUGGCACACUGUUGACUAGAUGCAGCAGCUCUUUCUGUUCACAGUAUUUUAAAAUUAGGGUGCCGAGUUUUAUUUUAUGCUUGAUCUUGGAUCUUUUUCGUGGGUUUACAGUGUACAAUGAUGACAAUUACUAAAGCAUUAAUAUAAUUUUUUUUGGAUGCUUUUCACUCUUAAAUUUUAGAAUUCUUUAAACUGUUAAUCUUUUCUCUUAAUUGUUUAGAUUCUUUAGUUUGUGAGAUGGUAGCUAAGCGGAAUUAAGUUGUUCCCUUUAUUUAUGGAAAAUGUGUAAGUUUUGGUAUGUCUUUAUUUAUAUCAUUACUUUUACUUUGCUUGAGUUACCAAGCUAUCAUUUCCCCGCUUAAGAUUACCUUAGCAUAUGAGGUAUGAUAACUGCAGGGUUCAUCUUGCAGAAUGAUCGUCCACACUGCUAGCGUUAGAGCUGGGUGGUAGUCGCAAGGGUCAGUGUCUAACCCCAUGGUGCUCCUGUGUCAUUAUCAUAUUUUUCUUACUCUUGCAUUGAUGCUCUCUCUCUCUAAUGAUAGUACAACCUGUCAUGUAGAUUUUAAACGAUAUUUUUUCUGCCUAGCUUCACGACACUGGGUGGAAGUGUCAAAACGGGAAGAAAUGAAUUGAAUGCAGUCUUGUUGUGGCAAAGGGAACUGGUUGCAGAACUUCAUAGUACUGUAUGUACUGCAAGUAUUGGCGUGCUUACUGCUAAUUGUUAAGCACAAGGCUACGGACACAUUGUAGUUGCAAUGUACUGUAUGGCCAAAAACAGCUCUUAUGAUUUAUUUUGUCGGCUACAGUCAAAUUUAAUUAAAUAAAAGUGGUUUGUCUUAAAAA